UAAAAUAUAGCCUUAAAACCAAACAUUUUCCGUACGCAUUAUCACAAUUACCAAUAAAUCGCCUAUUAAGUGUUGUUACCUGUGCUAAAUAGUAAAAAUAUGCAUCAUCACGGAGGUCCAGGCGGCGGCCAUCAUGGAGGUCCUGGUGGCGGUCAUCCCGGAGGACCGGGCGGCGGACAUCAUGGAGGUCCAGGUGGUGGAUCAUGGGGAGGUCCAGGUGGCGGACAACAUGGAGGACCGGGUCGAGAAGCAUGGGGAGGUCCAGGUGGCGGACAUCAUGGAGGUCCAGGUGGUGGGGCUUGGGGAGGUGUCCCAGGAGGACCAGGCCAACAGGGACCUGGAGGCGGUUGGGGUGGCGAUCCAGGAUUUGGCGGGCCAGGGGGUGGCCCUGGAGGUCCUGGCCACUUUGGAGGUCCAGGUGGACAUCACGGUGGGCCAGGAUUUAAUUCGAUGGGAGGACCAGGAGGACAUCAUGGAGGACCACCACCAUUUUGAUGUCCAAGACUGAGUUUUAUUAUAAUAAAUAUACCUGAUUAGCAAUAAUUUAUUCAAUUUGUAUCUCCACAUGAAUAAACAAAAGCUUGGAAA